CUGGGAGCAGUGAGAGGGAGGGAGAGAGAGAGGUGAGUGCUGCUGCUGCAGAACAACAUUUAGCCUGGCUGAGGAGUUAAACGGCGCGCAGCGGCACAUCUGCUCCAUCCAGGCAUUAAUCCUGUUGUGAUAGCCAUGCUCCUAAAGCAGCGGCGGCCUCUGGCCUUUGCGAAAAUCUCCCUUGUAGUUUUCAUCCUGACUUCUGCCCUCUCGGUGACUUCUCUUCCUGCUGACAUAGACAAGGGAAGGAGAAAGGUGGUGCACGUGCUCGAGGAUGACACUGGAGCAGUGAUUGUGCAGACAGCUCCUGGUAAAGUGGUGACACAUCGUGGUGGCUCCAUCACUCUGCCCUGCAGGUUCCACCACGAGCCGGAGAACACCGACCCCGCUCGUAUUCGGAUCAAAUGGACCAAAGUGACCGAUGCUCUGCAGUUUCAGGACGUCUUUGUGGCACUGGGAAGGCAGCAGCGUGCGUUUGGAUCAUACAAAGGCCGUGUGUUUCUGGAGCAGGCAGGACCAGGUGACGCCUCAGUGAUCAUCCAAAAUGUCACGCUGGAAGACUAUGGGCGCUUUGAGUGUGAAGUCACCAAUGACAUGGAAGACGAUACGGGAUUUGUCAACCUCGAUUUAGAAGGAGUGGUGUUUCCCUAUUACCCCCGUGAGGGGCGCUAUAAGCUCAACUACCACCAGGGGGAGGAUGCCUGCAAGCAGCAGGACGCCAUUCUGGCCUCUCACUCUCAGUUACACAAGGCCUGGCUGGAGGGACUAGACUGGUGUAAUGCUGGAUGGCUGGAGGAUGGCUCAGUCCAGUACCCUAUCUCCCAUCCCAGAGACCAGUGCGGCCGCAAGGACACCCCCGCUGGCGUUCGUAACUAUGGCUACAGGCACAAGGAGGAUGAGCGCUAUGAUGCUUUCUGCUUCACUUCCAAGCUCAGCGGCAAAGUGUACUUCCUCAAACGCUUUAAGAAGGUGAACUAUGCAGAGGCGAUGAAGGCUUGCAUUCGAGAUGGCUCAACGGUGGCCAAAGUGGGUCAGCUGUACGCUGCAUGGAAGUUCCAGCUUCUGGACCGCUGUGAAGCCGGCUGGCUGGAGGAUGGAAGCAUCCGUUACCCCAUAGUCAACCCGCGCUCUCGCUGCGGAGGAUCCCAGCCAGGCGUCCGACACCUGGGCUUCCCUGAUAAAAAAUUCCGCCUCUAUGGGGUCUACUGUUACCGCGAGAACAAGGAUGAAACAGCUGGUGGUACCAAAAUGACAAAAAGCCCCGCAGCUAGUUUGACGAGGAGGAAGAGCAGCAACAGCAUCCCCAUGAACGCCACGAGGGUGAUUUAAAGUGGAAAGACUGAGAGCAAGAAGGGGGAUGCAAUUUUAGAUUUGACAGCAACAACUGUCGCCUAGCAGCCGACUCCAUUCAUCGCUUUCAAAGUAAAACACUCACAGACAAGAUGUACUCAUUUGCAGAUUUGCCAGAGAGAAGAAGCGAGGCUGUGUAAAAUUAAGGGUGACAUCUUUAUUAGGGUGAUUUUCCUUUUCGUCUCAAGUCAGUCAGUCAUCUUAAGGAGUGAGUAUGUUAGCACAUCUGCCGCUGGAAAACUGUGAGGUUAAACAGCAGCUUGAUCGUCGCUCAGGCACACAUCAGAUCAGAGAGUCUGCCAUGAAUAUCCUUGUUUACGUGUGUGUGUGUGUGUGUGUAUCAUAAUUUGGCCCCUGCUGUGGCUCCUGAGCUCUAGUCUGAGCCAGAAUCCCGGUGCCAGGGUGAAAACAUUCAUUACUGGGUGAGACGGGAUCAUCUGCCUGACUGUACAGGGGGAAAAAAUCCAGCAAGUUUUGAUUGUACCGAGUUUAAUUGCCUGUAUCCGGGUGCCAUGCUUGGUUAGCAACCCUCUGGCACAAUGCGAGACAUUUUCCUCAUUAACUAAGACCUGGCAAUCUCAUCAUUAGAGCUGAACAAGUAGUAAAUAUUGCACUAGCUCUAAAAUAUUUGCACUUUAAAUACAUAGAGCUUUAUUUUAUGAUAGUGUCUUUGCAUAGACUAAAGUGAGCAUGUAUUGCUUGGCUGAGAUCAGUUGCUGAGGCUGAAUAAGCAGAAAUAAAAAGCUACAAUAAUUACUAUUUACCUCACAUACUGCACAUCUAAGCAACCCGGGCCACCGAUUGCACUAUAAAUGUUGCACACAGCAACCUUUAUUACAGAGUAUGUUUGCCUCUAGAGAAUGGAUGAAUGUUCUAGGAAAAAAUAAAGUCUUGAAAUUGUUGUGUUUUGGUGCAGUUAUUUUUCCCAAAUCAGGAGAUCUAAGGAUAUUGAACCAAAAAAGGAAAGAAAUAUAGCAAAUGCACUUCCAUACAGGGUACAAAAGUUCACUAAAUGGCCUGAUGAAUUUAAUGGGCAUGGGCUGCAUUUACACAGUGCUUUUAUCCAGAGCACUUUAUGGUUUUCACACACACUAAUGGCAGUGAGCAACCACGCCACGCACAGGCUUAACCACGGUGAGCAAUAGA